CACAUCGCCGCCUGACAUGUUGUCCGGAUUUUGAUCGUUGCACUUUUUGCCGAAUAAAAUCGUUUUCUCACGGGAUAUUCAACUACAAAAUUAGCCAUGAGCUUGACGCGAUGAGUUAACACAUCUGAUGAACCUGCCUUGGUAACCAUGGCUGCCAUCGCCUGGUGUUUCCACCUCCUGCCAAACGGAACAGAAGCCUUCUACGACGACGUCGUCGAGAUGCUCGCCCUCCGCUCCUCUGACUGGCAUUACCUGGCGUGGAUAGUCUGGUUACUCUACCCAAUCAUCAUUUCCUUCCUGCUGCCGGUCCUUCUGGUCAUUUUCCUAUACGCCUCAGCCUUGUUCUUGGUGAUCUAUCGACAGCGCCAUCGCCUUAAGGAUGCAUACCAAAAGAACUUCUGGGAUGGAGCAAAGAACACACUCGCCGCUAUUUGGGAUGGUCACGGACGGGUAUGGCAUGGUUAUGAAGUGGACGGCUUUGAUAACAUUCCAAAUGAGGGACCAGUGCUAAUAAUCUACUACCAUGGUACGAUACCCAUUGAUGUGUAUUAUCUCAUGGCCAGGUUGAUAUUACAUAAAAAUAGACAGCUGCAGUGUGUAGGUGAUAGAUUCCUGUUCAAAAUUCCAGGUUUCCGGAUUCUGAUGGAGGUGUUUUGUGUUACCCCCGGAACUGUACAGAGCGGCAUCGAACUCAUGAAAGAGGGACACCUUUUGGCAAUAUCACCAGGGGGCACACGAGAGUGCCUGUUUGGUGAUCUUUAUUACAAUAUGAUGUGGGGGAAGAGAGUUGGCUUUGCCAAGAUAGCCCUGGCGGCUAAAGUACCAAUCAUUCCGAUGUUUACUCAGAAUUGUAGGGAAGCAUUCCGCAGUGUGGAGAUGGGGAAAAGUUGGUUUAGAAAAAUAUAUGAGAAGACGCGACUACCGUUGAUACCAGUUUAUGGCGGCUUGCCCGUGAAAUUAAAGACGUUUAUAGGUGCUCCUAUAUACUGUGAUGCUGACAUGACGCCCGAACAAGUCUCGCACAAGGUUCAAACCGCUGUCUAUGAUCUGAUCCAAACUCACCAAAAAGUACCCGGGAGCAUUCUCAGAUCGUUAUUGGACAGAUUCAACUUCUCAAAAACGGAUUGAUGUCUGUGAUCAAUUAGGGACACAUUAGUUAACUCUUUCUCUACUACUGUACAUCCGGGUCCGUACUCUGCUCACUACUGGCCCACGGUAAUCCUACCUGCUAAAUUUCCCCCUCAGUUAUAUCAAUCAUUCAACCACAGUCCCUAUUGAGUCUGGUUGUUUGCACCUAAAAAACAAGAUGGCAGCACUGCACUCAACUCAAUAAUGCGAGGCAAGACCACCAUUGAUUUUUUAAGCCUUUUAGCAGUUCAAUUGUCAAUGUUUGACCGCGACGCAUCAAAUACUGCGUGGGGUUGUGAAUCUGAAAUUUUGAUAUGAUAUUUCGGACAGUCGGGCAAGUAAAUGGUGAAAAGUAAACUGGUAGUUGACCACAGAAUUUUUUUGAUAAUCGACAAAUUGGACAGACAUUGAUAUUUCCACUUUUUUCAGCCAACUGGCAGAAAAAUCUCAAAACACGCCCCCUAUUACCGAAUUAGCUAAAUUCUAAAUGAAUUUUUUCAUCAAACAAUUUCUUUAUAUCUGUAGACUUGCCACAGCAAAUAAUUUUCAAUACCUCUCCAAAUAUGUACUUGAGAGUUAAAAACAUACUCACGUCUAAUUGAUAGGUCUCGACCCUCCUAUGAAUAUUCAUUGGUGGUAUUGUCUCAUGCACACCUCGUCCCUAAGAUUGGGUAAUGCUAGCUAUUUUACAAUACAAUGAAACGUUUCCUCAGCCUUGGCUGCCCGGUGUAUACUGGGUGCGGGCCAGAGGUACGGCGCCCAUCAAAAACUCUGCGUGGAAACUCAGCGAAAGUGUUUAGGAAUAUGAGGGUAUUGUACAGCAGUGAAUCGGUGUGAAACUGGAGCUUGGGUCAAGGAAGUAAUGCUGGAAAUAAAGGCUUGGUGCAUUGUCAACUACAUUGUAUUGGCUCGGUCAACAAUAACAUUCAGUGGUAUUUGCAAUGUUUUAUUAAAUUUGUUUACUCCCAACUUCCCAAUAGAUCUGUUUUCAGUUCUUGAGUAUGGUUGGAAUGCAUUUAGCAUGUGCAUGAAAUAGCUACAGAACAAAUAUAUCUGGUUACAAAAAUUGGUGAUAUGAUUUUAGUUUUGAGUAACUGUCGGCUGUGUCCGUUAUGUUGCAUACCUCGGCUUUUUUUCCGUCCCAAGGUAUGCUACGAGAGAACUUCAAUGCUCAAAUGCAAGCAGUGUAUUACAGGACCACUUAUUUAUGGAAACAUAGAGAAUAUUUGGGCCAGUCACUUUAUACUUCAUGUAUCAUUUAUUCAUCUGUGAAAAUUUCUUGCCCAUGCCAUGCCUGUGUCUCCAGAAGAAAGGGUUUAAAUCCACCAAUAAAGAAACUGUGUAUGUAACAAAAUUUUCAGAGGAAUUUCGCGCAAUGAUGGAGUCUCGUAAUAUCGAAAAAAGGCAUGAUGUUACAGACAAUUACCGCUUGGGAGUUAAAGUGCAUUUUGCAACCUGGCAUAAACCAUGACAACUUCUUCAGUUUUCUACAAGGUGUGCCAGUUGAGGCCAGUUGUGCCUGUCAUGGACAGCUUCGCAUUUAACGGUCGAUGCAUAUUAAUUAAAAAACAUUUAUGUGCUAACGGGUCCGAGGAAUAACGUAGAAUCUGUUCGUUGGUUUAUGACAUGCUUGUCACAAAUUGUUAUGUAUUUGUUGUAAAAAAAUCUAAAGAUGUGCAGUAAAAAUUUUAGUGGGCAGUCGUUUCUUCACUUUAUGAAGUGUUUGACGCAAUUACUCAUAGAAGCUUAACCUCCUGGAUUCUGGACACUCUCGUUGGUUCUCGAAAGAAUCAUGUCUUGAAGUUGUCUGGUGAAAGUGUUACAUGCACUAGCAGCUAUUUUGAAUCGUGAUGUGAUGGCAUGGAAACUGUGCUCGAGGGGAAAGAUUGAAAGUAAAAGAUUAUCUAAUGUUGGAAUAACAGUUCGCUAUGCUUGCUCUGUAGGUGGCAAAAGUGGUCACAGUGUUAAAAUAUGAUGCUGUUUUUUACAACGAAACUGCAAUAAUAGGCGUGACUUUCCUUGGUUCGCAAAGUCAUUAUGAAACAUUGUGCAAAUGUGGUCCCGGAAUUGUGGAAAGGUAGAACAAAUCUAGAGAUCUAAGAUUUAAGAGAUCUAGAAAUCUAAAGAUCUACUGAGUCCGAUAAUGAUACUAUAUAUCGAUAUGAGUUGUGUAUUUUCGUAUGUGUCAUUUGAGGGGGUGGUACAAUUUUAGCCUUUGUGUGCAUUAAAGUAAUCUGUCCGUUGUUUUCUACACUGUUAGGGCUAUAUAAUUGUACUGUUGCUAUAAUUGUACCUCUUUACCUUACAGCAUUUUGUAUUUGUUCAUUUCAGACUAGUCCAAGAAUGCCGUGUGAUAUAUUGGUGAAAUCAGGAAAUAAUUCACGUAUUUAUUCUUGUUGAAGUGUACACAACACAGAUAUGUACAGGUUGAGGCAAAUGUGAUAAACGUUAUUUUAAUUAUUUAAAUCCUUGGUCAUAUCUAAUUAGGGGUCAUCAUCAGCUACCAUGUUGUUGUAAGGUAUUUGGUUUCCCCGAGAAAGAUCCAAUGGGAUAAUGACGCCGGUACGAUGAUAUGAUGGUGGUUUUGGAGUAUGCUGCACAUCUUCCAAGAUUCAGAAUUUCUAAGAGGAUAUGCAGCAUGCUCCAUAAGCAACAUUUUGCCCCAAAACCCAUACAUACACAGGCUAUCGUCAAUUUAUUGUAUACUCACUGACCUAAUAUUUUCUGGCGAAAUAACGGAGCACUUCAGGGUAUUUGCAAUUUUCCUCCCGACUCGGCAGAAUUGGUACGAAAACAUAGUCGCUGAUGAUGAUGAAUGCCGCAGUGUGCUAGUACCUGACAGUGAUUGAUCUUUGGCCUACACCUGCGGCUUUACCUCUUCUCGGUUAGCUUAAACUUCUGCUCUUAACAGUAUUCUAGAAUAUCGGUCGCGCAAAUACGCCAAGGGAGACUAUGUUAAAUGAAGUCGCACUUGUACAGUCCAAAUCAGAAUUGACAUCUGUCCUGCCGCGCGUCAGUGAUGCACGACGUACGUUUGAGUUACGCGCAAAUGACCCACCAGUGACGCGUUUAUCAUGUUUUUUUCGUUAAGAUAAGAUUCUUGGCAAUCUGGCGAACUGGAGAACUGUUUCUCCUGUGUGAAUAUGCUUAAUGUUUUUGUUAAUGUUCAUGUUUGGUAAUAUGCAUUCGUGAUUUGGCCCCGGUUGUUAAAAAAAAGCACGUUUUGUCUCUAAAAACGCUUGUGUUAAAGUGAAUUUCCUACGAGCUAUACAAUGCUCCUCAGUCGGUAUCAAAGUAAUUGGUGCAUCAUCAAAUUAUUUGCAAGUUUCUGAAUGGGCUCUGUUGUCCACAUCCAUACCAAAUAUUGCUAACUGAUUCGCGCUAGACUUUCUAACCGGAAAUGAGAAGGUGCAUUUUCACCGCCCGAGAAAAUAAAAAAAAGUGGGCUGAAUGGCUGGUCGUGUGAAAUCCCCUUUUAAAGGUGGAUGAUAGGCAGGAGCAGAGGGGCUAAUUUGGCCAUCUUCAGGUGACUUAUAUACACAAGUAAAGGGUUCUGGGUCAUGUCAGAUUCAGCAAUUGACAUAUUCCUUGUACAAGCAUCAAUCAUUUCGACGUACUGUGCGAUGUGAGAGACCCCUAUUGGCGACUUGUCUAACUUUAUCUUGCUUGCCUGGCUGCUGCCUAUAUUUCCCUUUCAGUUAAUAACUUGGCGUUUUAAUCUGAGGGCUCAACUGAAGGUGAUAAAACCAAAUAAGGUUAACACCAGCGUUGGUGAAAACAUUUGAUUGGAACAACCAGGUCAUGGGCUGUACAACAGAUGUGUGACAAAUGGCAAUCGUUUUUUUCCUACAACUGAUGUUCUACUCUUGCCUCGCCCUGUGCAUACAAAUCUUUGUGGAUAAAUGAAUAAUACAUUUUGUAA